AUGGGAGAAGCGCGGACGAAGCUAUUACAAACGCAGCUGUGCAAAGACGGAGCAGUGGUGCCACUCAGGGAGGUCAGAAGGGCUCUGCAGAGCUCGGCUGGCACGGCGAGAGGGCAGAGGAGAUGGGAGGGGCAAGCAUCUAAAAAAAAAAAAAAAAAAAAAUCACGUCCUCCCUUCUCUCAUCCUCUCCUCCCCUCUCUCAUCCCCUCUUCCCCUCUCUCAUCCCCUCCUUCCUUCUCCCAUCCCCUCACUCCUCCCCUCCUUCCUUCUCUCAUCCCGUCCUCCCCUCUCUCAUCCCGUCCUCCCCUCUCUCAUCCCGUCCUCUCCUCUCUCAUCCCCUCCUCCCCUCUCUCAUCCCCUCCUCCCCUCUCUCAUCCCGUCCUCUCCUCUCUCAUCCCCUCCUCCCCUCUCUCAUCCCCUCCUCCCCUCUCUCAUCCCCUCCUCCCCUCUCUCAUCCCCUCCUCCCCUCUCUCAUCCCGUCCUCUCCUCUCUCAUCCCCUCCUCCCCUCUCUCAUCCCCUCCUCCCCUCUCUCAUCCCGUCCUCCCCUCUCUCAUCCCCUCCUUCCUUGUCCCAUCCCGCCCUCCCCUCUCUCAUCCCGUCCUCUCCCCUCUCAUCCCCUCCUUUCUUCUCUCAUCCCGUCCCCUCUCUCCUCCCCUCCUUCCUUCUCUCAUCCCGUCCUGCCCUCUCUCAUCCCGUCCUCCCCUCUUUCAUCCCUCCUCCCCUCUCUAAUCUGUCCUCCCCUCUCUCAUCCCUUCCACACUUACUACCUUUCUCCCCCAGAUUCCUCCCCCCCCCUUCCUCCCCCAGAUUCCUCCCCCCCCUUCCUCCCCCCCCUUCCUCCCCCCCCUUUCUCCCCCCCCCCUUCCUUCCCCCCCAGCGCACGAGACGGAAGUGAGGGAGCGGAACAGGCGCUGGACUUGGUUGAGCGGGUCAACGGGGACCUCCACAGAACCAAUGCACAGCUGGCGAUCAAGAAGGUGAGACAAGCGUGCAGUGUGAUAGAAGAAGAGCUGUGA